AAAGAACUGAAUUUAAAAACAUUUAAACGUUUUGUAGAAAUUAGAAAAUAAAUUAAUCAUGAAAGAGCAAAUUCUCGAGCAAGCUCCACGAAGAAUUAAACAUAUUCAAUUUAGUGUUCUUUCUCCUCAAGAAAUCGUCAAAAAUGCUCAAUUAGCAAUUACGCAUCGCGAUCUUUUUAACGAUAAUCGAAAACCCAUGGAGAAUGGCGUUCUCGAUACGCGAUUGGGAACAUCGGAUCAUGACACAUUGUGUCAAACAUGUGGAGAAAAAAUGGCUCAAUGUAUCGGUCAUUUCGGUUAUGUUAAAUUGAUAUUACCAGUAUUUCACAUUGGAUAUUUUAAGGCCGUAAUAAAUAUGUUACAAAAUAUUUGCAAGACAUGUAGUCGAGUUUUACUAAACGAAGAUGAUCGUCGGUCAUAUCUGAAACGGAUAAGAGCUUCUAGAGAGUCAUCUGCGCGUCAAAAACUCGAAAAAGCUAUAAAUACUUUGUGUAAAAAAGAAGUGGAUUGUCCACAUUGUGGAGCAAUAAAUGGAUCUGUCAAGAAAGUUGGUGCACUCAAGAUCGUUCAUGAAAAAUUCAAAUCAAAGAAAGCACAUGAAGAGCACGAAAAAUUCAAGAGUACAUUUAAUAAUGCGAUCGAAUAUACACCAGAUCUUAGACCUCAUUUACAUAAAGCACAAGAAGAUUUAAAUGCCAUGAAAGUUCUUGACCUUUUUAAAAGGAUAUCUGAUGAUGAUUGUGAAUUACUUGGAUUAGAUCCUCAAAAUGCGCGACCAGAACUUUUUAUAUGGCAACGCCUUCCAGUACCACCUGUAGCGAUUCGUCCUUCAAUUGCGCAAGAUAAUGCUAGCACAGAAGACGACUUGACGGUGAAAUUAUCAGAAAUCGUCCAAACAAAUACCAAUAUUACAGCAGCUUUAACUAAAGGAGUAACUAUAACACAACUUAUGGAACAAUGGGAUUACUUACAAUUAACAAUUGCCAUGUACAUACAUAGUGAAAUGCCAGGAUUAGGAAAUAUGGCGGGUAUAAAACCAAGUAGAGGUUUAUGUCAACGAUUGAAAGGCAAACAGGGUAGAUUUCGUGGAAAUUUAUCUGGGAAACGUGUUGAUUUUUCUGGGCGUACAGUAAUUUCACCAGAUCCGAAUUUACGGAUUGAUGAGGUUGCUGUUCCAGAACUAGUAGCAAAAAUUUUGACUUAUCCGGAAAGAGUAUUUGCACAUAAUAUUGAUAAGUUGCGUCAGUGCGUAAUAAAUGGUGCCGAUGUUCAUCCUGGCGCCAAUUUUGUUAAGCAUAAGUCUGGAGGGAAAAGGUUUCUUAAAUAUGCUGACCAAGCAUCAAAAGAUGCUUGUGCUGCCGAGUUACAAAUAGGAGAUGUUGUAGAGCGACAUUUAAGAGAUGAUGAUGUUGUCUUAUUUAAUCGUCAACCAUCUUUACAUAAACUUAGUAUAAUGGCCCAUUAUGUUCGAGUCAAACCAUGGAGAACUUUUCGUUUUAAUGAAUGUGUUUGUAGUCCUUAUAAUGCAGAUUUUGAUGGUGAUGAAAUGAAUCUUCAUGUACCUCAAACUGAGGAAGCUCGAAUUGAAGCAAUAGAGUUAAUGGGCGUAAAAAACAAUUUGGUUACACCUAGAAAUGGAGAUCCUAUCAUUGCUGCAAUUCAAGAUUUUAUCACAUCAUCAUACCUACUUACAAAAAAAGACGUGUUUUAUAAUCGAGCACAGUUUACACAAAUUUGUUCAUAUAUGGCAGAUGCUGAUAUACAUAUUGAUAUACCUCCACCUUCAAUAUGGAAACCAAUGAAACUUUGGACAGGGAAACAGAUUUUUAAUGUAUUAAUGAGACCAAAUAAGAAAUCGUCAGUUUUAGUUAAUCUUGAAGCCAAAGGACGUUCAUUUGACAAGAAGGAGGGCAGAGUGCCCGAUUUUUGUCCAAAUGAAGGUUACGCUGUCAUUCAAAAUAGCGAGAUUAUGUGUGGUUGUAUGGAUAAAACCUUGGUAGGAGAUGGUAAUAAACAUUCAUUAUUUUAUACGAUACUCCGUGAUUUUGGAUCAUUAGAGGCUGCUAGUGCAAUGAAUCGUUUAUCUAAGUUAUGUUCACGGUGGUUAGCUAACAGAGGAUUUUCAAUUGGCAUAAAUGAUGUGCAGCCCGGUGAAAAAUUAAGGGAAAGAAAAGAAGAACUCAUUGGAAUGGCAAACAAAAGAUGCAAUGAACUCAUUGAACAAUCUAAAUUAGGUUUGAUAGAAAAUCAACCUGGUUGUGAUGAGGAACAGACAUUGGAGACCCAUAUAUCUGGCGUUCUAUCAAAAGUUCGUGAUGAUGCAGGUCAAAUUUGCAUGACAGAACUAAACAAAUAUAAUGCACCUCUUAUUAUGGCAACCUGUGGUUCAAAAGGUUCAAAAAUUAACGUAUCUCAAAUGGUUGCCUGUGUUGGUCAACAAAUUAUUAGUGGUAGCCGAAUUCCUGAUGGAUUCCAAGAUCGUUCUUUACCACAUUUCCCAAAGCAUUCAAAGACACCAGCAGCUCGAGGUUUUGUUAGGAACAGUUUCUAUAGUGGUUUGUCUCCAACAGAGUUUUUAUUUCAUGCCAUUUCCGGUCGUGAAGGUCUUGUAGAUACUGCUGUCAAGACUGCCGAAACUGGUUACAUGCAAAGGAAGUUGAUGAAGGCUUUAGAAGAUCUGACAAUUCAUUAUGAUAUGUCGGUACGAAAUUCAUCAGGUGGUUUGGUUCAAUUUUAUUAUGGUGAUGAUGGUUUAGAUCCAGCUUUUCUUGAAGCAGAAAUUCUUCCGGUGGACCUUAAACGUAAUUUACAACAUAUAAUAAAUAUAGUUUCAUGGGGUAAUGAUAAAGUGCUGUUACCAUAUGAAAUCCGAGAAAUAACAGAUAGUAUUUUGGGAAGUGAUAAAUUUGUGAAAUUAUGUACUCAAUCCUAUAUUGAAUCUUUGAGUAAUUUUGUUCAACAAGAACUUGUUAAUAGAUUAAGUUCUAUACGAGAAUCAUAUGGUUUAAUGAGAGGAGAUUAUAGACUUAGUGAAGAAUAUGGAGAUCUUGAUGAUGCAGUUUAUAAUACUAUGGGUUCAAAUCCUGUUAAAGCUGUUGUAAAUCACAAAUUAAAAAUUACUGAAAAACAGCUUCGAAGGUUUUUAGAUACUUGUUGGACAAAAUUUAUGAGGGCAAAGAUUGAGCCAGGAACGGCUGUUGGAGCUCUUGGCGCGCAAUCCAUUGGGGAACCAGGAACUCAAAUGACGCUGAAAACUUUCCAUUUUGCUGGUGUUGCAUCAAUGAAUAUUACUCUUGGUGUUCCGCGUAUAAAGGAAAUUAUUAAUGCAUCUAAAACAAUUAGUACACCGAUCAUUACUUGUAAGCUUGUCAAUGAUACUGAUGUGAAAUCAGCUAGAAUUGUUAAAGGACGUUUAGAAACAACAUAUCUGGGUGAUAUUGCAAAAUAUAUUGAUGAAAUUUAUGAACGUGAUCAAUGUUUUCUUGCAAUUAAGUUGGAUUUGGAGGCAAUACAAAAAUUACAGUUGGAAACAAAUAUUAAAGAAAUAGCACGCGCAAUUAUUGAUAAUCGUAGCUUAAAGCUUGAAGCUCAUGGAAUUCGUGUAGUUUCAGAUGAUGAAAUUGACGUUUAUAUUUCAGAUAAAGAGAUGUCAAAAGAUCCAUAUUGUUUAUAUUAUAGGUUACAAGUUUUAAAACGAGCCCUGCCUAAAGUUAUAGUAAAAGGAAUACAGACUGUUACGAGAGCUGUAAUUAGUGAAGGCAAGGGAGGAAAGAAAUUAUUGUUAGUUGAAGGAUAUGGACUUCGUGAAGUUAUGACAACCGAAGGUAUUGUUGGUAUUGAAACAACAAGUAAUAAUAUUAAUGAAGUACAUAAAGUUCUUGGUAUUGAAGCAGCUAGAAAUACAAUUAUUCAAGAAAUUCAAUAUACGAUGGGUAGACAUGGAAUGAGUAUUGACCCAAGACAUGUUAUGUUAUUAGGAGAUAUAAUGACAUUCAAGGGUGAAGUACUAGGAAUUCAUCGGUUUGGUAUUUCAAAUAUGAAAAGUAGUGUUCUUAUGUUGGCAUCAUUUGAGAAGACAACAGAUCAUCUUUUUGAUGCUGCAUUACACAGUAAACGUGAUUGUCUUGAAGGUGUAAGUGAAUCUAUAAUUAUGGGAAUGCCUAUGCAACUUGGAACUGGUUUAUUCAAGUUAAUAAGAAAAUCACAAUUUGAGAAUGAAAAACCACCAAAAAGGAAAUUAAUAUUUGAUACAAAAGAAAAUCAUGUAAAAUUUACAUAUGGGGAUACAGCAAUUGAUGAUGCUUAGAUUUACAGAAAUUACAGAAUUAUUUAUUUUAUUAUUACAAUAAUACAUAAAAUAAUAUAAUUAAUAGAGAAACACUUGUUCAAAUUAAUAUACUGUAUACUAUUAACAGAAAAAAA